AUGUCCGGAAGAGCUAGAAAACGGGAGAUAGAUGAAGCUUCCGGUCUGUCAGAGUCAACUUCUGCGGCUUUACUACCAGUUCAGCCAGUUGUUUCGAAGAAGCUGAAAGUCGAGAAUCAGAUUUCUACAUCCGCGACGAGCGCGCUACGCCAUGGGCACAUCUAUUAUACAAAGGUCCACUCGGCCCUUGAUUGCUUCAACGAGAACUGCUUCUCGCUAGCCGAUUUGCUAGCAAGCAUCAGGCCAACGUCGUCGCUUCAUUUCAACUUUAUGAUCGAUCUGGAUUGGGUUUUGAGACAAUACCCGGCAGAAUUGCGCACAACUCCCAUUUCCCUGGUGGUCGGCGAGAAGAUGGGCACGUCCAAAACUGAUAUAGAAAGGACAAGUAAAGCUCUCGGCAGCACAAAUGUUGAGGUCUUUACCGCCAAACUGCCAAUUCCCUACGGCACCCACCACACCAAAUUGUCCCUUUUCGAAUCAGCGGACCGUCGGCUUCACAUUGUCGUCUCGACAGCGAAUUUGGUCGAAGGUGAUUGGCGCGAAAAGACGCAGGCCUUUUACUACUGCACUGGGGAAUUGCAAUCGACGGCCUCUACCUCGCAUACGGUCUUCCAAACCGAGCUUUUGGAUUAUUUAGCCAGGUACAAAUUACCCAGCGUCGAUGCGUGGAUCGAGAAACUAAAAUCCACUACACUUGUGGAAAAUGGCGACCACUUCAUCUACUCGGUACCCGGGUAUCAUAAGGCAGAUGAUCAGGAAAAGAUCGCUCAAUUGGCACUGCGAAAAGCCCUAAAAACGCGGAAGCCAGAUCCCGGCGCCCUCUACAUCGCGCAAUGCAGUUCAAUAGGGUCUCUCGGAAGUAAGCCGGACCAGUGGAUGCUUUCUCAAUUUUUGAUAACGUUACGGGGAGGCAGGAGUACAGGCUCAACCAGGCUUUUCCUCGUCUACCCCACUGUCAAAAAUGUUCAAGAAUCGUAUGAGGGCUGGAGUGCCGGCGGUUCUUUACCCUAUCAAUCUGGCACUCAUCAGAAGCAACCCUGGCUUAGGACUGCGCUUUGCAAGUGGUUCUCAGAAAACCGAGGUCGAUCCCAAGCAAUGCCGCAUGUUAAGACCUACUGCGAAAUCGGAGAAGAUCGCGAGCUCAAGUGGAUGGUUCUCACGUCAGCAAACCUCUCAAAAGCUGCCUGGGGCGAGAUUCAGAAAGGCGGGCAGCAACUUUGUGUCCGCAGCUAUGAAGCCGGCGUUUUGAUACAGGACAAAUCCCGCUGUGAAUUGCCGUACGACUACCCGAUCUGCCGGUACAAGCUGGAGGAUGAGCCGUGGACAGUGGACACGACGCAGCUCGAAGCGGAUUCUCACGGGAGACAAUGGAUUAUGGAU